CCCUCCAGCUUUCCCGCGCUCCGCCCCGGGUCUUACUGCCCGGCCUCGUGUUCCAUGUCACCCUCUGCUGGCACAUUACAUAGCUCCGGCCCGGUGAUCCAGCUCCUGGUCUUACAGCCCUUACUCUGCCUCUCCUUGUUUUAAGCCUAUGGGAGGAUGAAAGCUCAUUCUGUGUGAACCAGCACCGGCCCCUAAUCCCCUUUUUGUGUGUGUGUAACCAGGCACCUGCCCUGCUCCAGUCUCCGGGUUUUCCCCAGCUUGUAGCAGAAACGGACCCAGCUCCGGCGGAUACAGUGCCGGGCUUUACCCACCGUUCUCACAGUUCAUGUGAGACAGCGCCUGUCCGAGCCUGUACCCAGCUCCUAGCUGUAAUCCGCCUUCUCCCAGCCCAGUGUGACACGCUGCCCCAGCUCCGGGUUUUCCAUCUGCCAUCCCCGUGUGAAAGACUCACCAUGGGCCAUGCACUCCCUAUUAUGAGAACCAUGCACUGCUGCCCCCGCUCCAGCACGGAUCCAGUAUCCGGGGUUUGCGCCCACUAGUCGCUGCUAGCCUUGGUUGCCUGCCAGUCCCUUUGACUUUAUUUCCCCUUGUGCCCGGUCAGAGGAUCCGGCUCCAGUUCCUGUGUGGGCUCUAGUUCCGGGUUUUGCCGGCCCUGUGUGAGCGAUCGAUCCGCUCAGUGUGACCCGCUCCGUGCUCCACUCCGCCGCUUUCCCCGUGUCUCCCCCCAGCGCAGGAAGGCGAGCAGCCCGGAUUCUUGUUGGCGCCAGUGACCGGGUUUUGUGGCCUGUUCCUCCCCCAGUCCGGGACUCCAGCUCCGCGCUUUGCGGCCUGUCCCUCCUCCUCCUCCUCUCUCGGUAAAAUGGCCUCUCCUCCUCCUCUCCACCGCCUCGUGUCCGACUGAGCGGCUCCCCCUCCCCUCCUGCCCGAACCCAGCCCGACACCUCCGGGGGGGGAGGCCUCCUCCAUCCCCGACCUCCUCCGAGCCCUCCAUGGCCGCCCAGGUGGCCCCAGCCUCCGGCCCCAGUUUGGGGGGGACCCCGCCCGCCGCCGGCCCCGAGCUGAAGAAGAGCCCCGGAGACCCCCCUCCGCCGGAGACCCAGACCGAGGCACCGGCUCCGGCCUCAAAUGACUCUGACUCCCCGGAGGCGGCUAACGGCACCCGAGCGGCCUCGGUGUCUUCUCUCCAGGAGUCCGGAGACACGACCGCGGCCUCCUCCGCCUCCUCGCACCCGCCUGGCGGAUUCGGCUUUUCCCCUUACCCCCGGGGAGUCUUCCAGCCUGGCCCGGGACUCGACUACCCGCCUCCCAGCGAGGCCUAUAACUCGUACCCAGCCUACCCGAACCGGGCCUACCCGCCGGGCUACCCCCCACCUCGCCCGGCCGCCUCCACAGGCAAGCCCCCGGCUCCGGCCUACCCGCCGCCUCCUCCUCGCUUCGGGCCCGCUCAGCCGGCGGCCGCCACCCCGACUCUCAACCAGCUGCUUACAGCGCCCAGCCCCGGCCGAGGGUACACGGCCUACCCGGGGGGAGACUAUCCUGAGCCACACAAAGGACCGGAGGGCUAUGCAGCCGGCUGGGCCGCAGGACAGAGAGGGGUUCAUCCGCCGGGGAGUCCAGGGAGCAGCGGGCAGGGCCUGCCCAGGACACCGCAGCCUGCAAGUCCAAUGGAUCAGAUGGGAAAAAUGCGACCCCAGCCGUACGGCUCAAGUAACCCAUAUGGGCAGCAAACUCAACAGGGACACUCUGGAUACCCAGUACAGCCUUACUCAUCACAGACACCACAGCGAUAUCCCAUGGCUAUGCAGGGUCGAGCUCAAGGGGGUAUGAGUAUGCAGUAUGGACAACAGAUGGCUCCCUAUAGCCAGCAAGGACCUGGGUCCUAUGCCCAGCAAAGCCAGUCUCCAUACUACAAUCAGCAGAGCCUUCAUCCACCUCAACAAACUACGCCCCCGCAGUCCCAAUAUUCACAACAGCAGCCAGCUCCUCAAUCUUAUUCCCAACAGACAUCCUCGUCUCAGCCACCCCCUACCCAACCUGUUCAGCCCUCCUUUACACAGCAACAGCAGUCUCCAUCUCCUUCUCCGUAUGCGCAGCAACAGCAGCAGGGUCCCCCACCCAGCUCACAAAGCCAGUCACCAUACACUCAGCAAACUCAACAGUAUCCCAGUUCACAGCAACAGGGUUCAUCUUAUCAGACACAGGGAGCACAGCAGGGUGCAGCAUAUUCCCAGCAGCGCUUCCCUCCACCACAGGAGCUUUCUCAGGAUUCUUUCACAUCGCAGGCCUCAUCCACUCCCUCUCUUGGUUCAAGCAAAGGACAAGAUGAUCUUAGUAUGGGAAUGCAAACACGGCCUUCUAGUCUCCCGGAUCUCUCUGGUUCUAUUGAUGAUCUCCCAAUGGGGGCAGAAGGAGCUUUGAGUCCUGGUGUUAGCACCUCUGGUAUUUCCAGUAGCCAAGGAGAGCAGAGCAAUCCAGCUCAAUCCCCUUUCUCUCCUCAUACCUCUCCCCACUUGCCUGGGAUCCGUGGUCCUUCUCCAUCGCCAGUAGGAUCGCCAGCAAGCGUGGCGCCAUCACGCUCUGGACCUCUUUCACCAACAGCUGUUCCUGGAACUCAAAUGCCCCCACGUCCACCAAGUGGACAGUCGGAUGGCAUGAUCCAUCCUACAAUGAACCAGGCUGGCCUUGGGCAGGAGAGAGGGUACAUGCAAAGAAAUCCACAGAUACCUCAGUAUGGAUCACCCCAACCUGGCCCAGCACUUUCACCACGCCAGUCAACAGGGGCACAAAUGCAUGCAGGAAUGGGUCCCUACCAGCAGAAUUCCAUGGGAAGCUAUGGCUCUCAAGGGGGACAGUAUGGCCCCCAAGGUGGUUACCCACGACAGCCAAAUUAUAACACCAUGCCCAACGCAGGUUACUCUGCAGGCGGUAUGGCACCACUUGUUGCAGGAGGACAGAUGCAUGGUCAGGGAGGCAUGCCUCAAUAUGGAGGCCGAAUUGGGCACUCCACUAUGGGAAAUCGGCCAUAUGGGCCAAACAUGACUGCUAUGCCACCGCAGGUAGGCUCUGGAAUGUGCCCACCUCCAGGUGGUAUGAAUCGCAAAGCACAAGAAGCUGCUGGCAUGCAUGCCACAUCCAACUCCAUACAGAACAGGUCUCCUGGCUAUCCCAACAUGAACCAAGGUUCGAUGAUGGGAUCUGGUCCACCCUAUGGUCAAGGAAUGAACAGCAUGGCGGCUAUGAUGAAUACCCAAGGGCCCUACAUGGGAGGCAACAUGGCUAAUAACUCUGGCUUGGCUAGUAGUCCGGAGCUCAUGGGUCUUCCAGAUGUCAAAUUGACUCCAACUCCAAAAAUGAACAAUAAGGCUGAUGGGACACCCAAAGCUGAGCCGAAAUCAAAGAAGUCUAGCUCAUCCACUACUACAAACGAGAAAAUAACAAAGCUGUAUGAGUUGGGAGUUGAGCCCGAAAGAAAGAUGUGGGUGGAUCGCUAUCUGUCCUUCACAGAGGAAAAAGCUAUGGGCAUGACCAACCUGCCAGCAGUAGGCAGGAAACCGCUUGAUUUGUAUCGUCUCUACAUGUCUGUCAAGGAUAUUGGGGGACUUACACAGGUAAACAAAAAUAAGAAAUGGAGAGAACUCUCUACAAAUCUUAAUGUGGGCACAUCAAGCAGUGCGGCCAGCUCACUGAAGAAACAGUACAUACAGUGUUUGUAUGCAUUUGAGUGCAAGAUUGAGAGGGGAGAAGAUCCACCACCUGACAUCUUUGCAUCUGCAGAAGCCAAGAAACAGGCCAAGAUUCAACCCCCUUCACCAGCUGGCUCGGGCUCCAUGCAAGGUCCUCAAACUCCUCAGUCUACAAGUAGCUCAAUGGCAGACGGAGGGGACCUCAAGCCCCCAACACCAGCAUCCACCCCACACAGCCAGAUGCCAUCAAUGCCGGGAAUGAGGAAUAAUUCAGUGGCUCUACAGGAUACUUAUGACGGUUCAGAUCCCUCUUACCAGAAAAGAAACUCCAUGACUCCUAAUCCUGGCUACCAGUCUGACAUGAUGGGUAGGAUGACUUAUGAGACUGGCAAGGACCCAUAUGGUGGCAUGAGGAAAGGUGCAGAUCCUUACAUGUCAUCAGGGCAAGGACCAAGUGGGUCAAUGGGGGAUCCCUAUGGUAGGACUACAGGCCCUGCUAUGUCCAACAUAGCUCAGCGUCCACAUUAUCCUUAUAGUGGUUAUGACAGAGUGAGGGGGGAACCAGGAUUAGGUCCAGAAGGAGGUAUGGGAGGUGGAGGGAAUCAACCAAAUAUGAUGCCUGCAAACACGGACAGCGGCAUGUACUCUCCAGGACGCUACCCGCAGCAGAGGCAUGAUUCCUAUGGUAACCAGUAUCCAACACAGAGCACAGCCUCAGGCAGCCCCUAUCCCAGUCAGCAGAAUCCUAUGUACCAGCAACAAAAUUACAAGCGACCAAUGGAUGGUACUUAUGGACCUUCUGCUAAGCGCCAUGAGGGAGACCUGUACAAUGCACCUUAUAGUGGAACACAAGGUGCUCAGGGUCAGCAGCAACCCCAGCCUCCCCCUCCGCAAUCACAACCCCCUGUUACAGGAGCACCACCCCCUGGGCAGCCCUCAGCAACUGCCUCCUCCCAACAACCACAGGAUCCUUAUGGGCAGUAUGGCAGUAACUACCCACAGAGUGGAGAAAGGCGGCCUACGCCUACUGGACCGAACCAGUUUCCUUUCCAGUUUGGACGAGAACGGGUAUCUGCUACCCCAGGCAACAAUUCACAGCCACCUUUACCCCCUAGUGUUAUGGGAAGCUCUGGGGAGGUAUCCCAACAGGGUGCAAUUUGGCAAGGAAGAAAUGAGAUGAGCUACAACUAUCAGGGCAGGCCUGGUCCCCCUCCAGCUACCACUCAAGGUCCUGGUUAUCACACUGGCCCUCCUAGAGGGGAUGAUAUGCUACACUCAGACCAGCGGCUUAGUCACGAAAACCAGUGGCAACCUCAUGUUAGUAGGCAACAAUCCCCAUAUGUUCCUACCCCUGGCCCUCCCCUUACCCGUGCACCACCACAGCCUGGUUACCAGGCCUCUCCUAGCAUGCCCAACCAUUUGCCUCCGGUAGCUAGUCCUGCCACACCUAGGUCUUUGGAGGCCCACACCUCUCCAAGCAAAUCUCCAUUCUUGAAAAUGCAGAAGGCAGGACCCCCUGUACCCGCUUCACACAUUGUACCCACACCACCCCAACCACCACUAAUCCGUAGAGACAUCACCUUCCCACCAGGAUCUGUGGAAGCCACACAGCCCAUUUUGAAGUCAAGACGGAGAUUGACAGCAAAAGAUAUUGGGACACCAGAGGCGUGGCGUGUAAUGAUGUCUCUGAAAUCUGGUCUCCUGGCAGAAAGCACCUGGGCACUAGACACCAUUAAUAUCCUGCUUUAUGACGACAAUAGCAUCAUGACAUUUAACCUCAGCCAGCUUCCUGGACUGCUGGAAUUAUUGGUGGAGUAUUUCCGUCGCUGCCUCAUUGAGAUAUUUGGGAUUCUUCGAGAGUAUGAGGUUGGAGAGCCUGCUCAGAAAACUCUGUUCCAACCUUCUAGUCAUGAAGUUCACUGUCCUCUCCAAGGUGAUACAGAGAUAAAGGAGGUGGAAGACUGCCAGUCUGUGACAGAGGGUGACCCCCAAAGUGAGGAGGAGGGAGAGGAGGAAAGAAAGGCUUACUCGGCCCCCUAUGCUGCUAGUGAUGAUUUUCUGAAGCAGGCCAGCAAGUUUGAUAAACUCCCUGUGAAAGUUGUUCCACGGGAAGAUGCCUUUGUGUUGGACUGCUCACAUCAGUUGGGCCGCCUGCAAGAGUUUGACAGUGGACUCUUGCAUUGGAGGAUAGGAGGUGGAGAUACAACAGAGCACAUUCAGACCCACUUCGAACGACGGCCUGAUCAUCCAGUCCGCAGGCGGCUCCAAACAAAACGUCGUCCCAGGGACCAGCAAGUGCCCACAGCUGAGGACAUUACCCCUACCAUAGACGAUGUCCUAUGUGCUCGGCCUAAUUCUUUGCCACCAGAGGGAACGGAACAUACUGAAAACUCAGAAUUUUCAUUGGGAGCUAACUCACCGCAACGAAAUAGGCAUGGCCUGAAGAUUUUGGAAGAUGAGCCACGCAGCAAAGAUGAGACGCCUUUAUGCACACUCGAGGAGUGGCAGGAUGCUCUUUCCCGACGUUGUGUGUGCAUCUCUAACAUUUUGAGGAGUUUGUCUUUUGUGCCAGGCAAUGAUUUGGAGAUGUCAAAGCAUCCAGGGCUCCUGCUGCUCCUGGGAAAGCUAGUACUUCUUCAUCACAAACACCCAGAGCGUAAACAAGCACCUCUAACUUAUGAGAAAGAAGAAGAGCGGGACCAGGGAGUGAGCUGCAACAAAGCAGAAUGGUGGUGGGACUGCUUGGAGAUGCUACGUGAGAAUACUCUAGUCACUCUUGCCAACAUCUCAGGACAGCUGGAUCUUUCCCCAUACCCUGAGAGCAUAUGUCUGCCCAUCCUUGAUGGCUUGCUACAUUGGGCAGUGUGUCCAUCAGCUGAAGCUCAGGAUCCAUUUGUAACUUUGGGUCCCAAUGCUAUGUUAUCACCUCAGAGACUUGUACUAGAGGCCUUGAGCAAGCUAAGCAUUCAGGACAGCAAUGUGGAUCUUAUCUUGGCCACCCCACCUUUCACUCGGCUGGAGAAGCUGUAUGGGACCUUGGUGAGGUUUUUAAGUGACAGAAAAAACCACGUUUGCAGGGAAAUGGCCGUGGUGCUUCUGGCUAACUUGGCACAGGGGGACAGCUUGGCAGCACGGGCCAUUGCCCUUCAGAAGGGCAGUAUUGGAAACCUACUGGGCUUCCUGGAGGACAGUUUGGCAGCCACACAGUUUCAACAAAGUCAGGCUGCCCAUUUACAUGGACCAUCCGCACCUUUUGAGCCUACCAGCACGGACAUGAUGCGGCGAGCCUCAAAAGCCCUACUGGCCUUGGCAAAGGUUGAGGAGAACCACACAGAGUUCACGCUGUAUGAAGCACGUCUACUGGACAUCUCCGUGUCUCCACUCAUGAACUGUUCUGUGUCACAGGUCAUCUGCGAUGUCCUCUUUUUGAUUGGCCAAUCAUGACGGCCGCGUGGGGAUGCCCUCCACUACCCUCUGCGCCUCCCUUCACCGUAGAACGGAAUCUUCCCUGACUGUUGGUUCUUUACCCUCUUCUUCCUACCCUCUUUUUAUUUAUGCAAAAAAACACAAAAAAAAAAACUACGUCUCAAUCCACUGUCCGCCCCAGAGAGGAGACUUGGCCACCAUUGUGGACCUUCCCCUUACCCUAUUUCCUCUCUGUGUUUUGGUGUUCACCAAAGCUACUGUAUUUCAGUGAAUUAUAUAUAUAUAUUUUUUUUUUUUUAUCUGGGGGAGUGGGCUCCACUGUACUUACCUCCCCUCCCCCUUGUCUACUGCCCCACUUUCCUAAACCUCUACAAAAAGCCAAGGGGUGGGCCUACAUAGUCUAAGGAGAUAAAGACUUCUGAACCACCAAGGAGGUAGAAAGAAAGCCUCCAGCACCCCAGAUUAACUUUCAGGAUUGCCCUCCUCCUCACCUUGCGAUCUUUAGACUAGAAUUUGUGUGCCCCAAACCUUUUAAAGAGAGAAGAAAACUAAAAAAAAAUCCUGACAAAAGACUUUACCUUUUUAACUGUGCUGAGAAACCCCGCAGAAUCCAACCGGAGCUGGAAAAACCCCACAACCUCAGAGACUCCAGAUGUAGGUUUUUAAAUGGAGAGCGACAAGUGCUUUUAGUUUUCUGGAGGAGAGAGAGAGAGACGCAGAAAAGUCGCUUUUCCCCCAAAGUUUCAUGUGAAGCAACACCCUUACCUCUUUAAACUUAGAUUGUAAUAAUCGGAGAUCGCCUCUUAUAACUGGUUUUAACCUUUAGCUUGUAGGUUGCAAGCUGCGAUGUCUGUAUAUAUAUGAUGAUGUACAUUAAAGACACACCUCGUAUCCCCAUUAGCCCUUCUUCACUUACCUUUUUCACACCCCACUUCUUCCCCUUGCAUCUGCAGCUUAUGGGGGACACGGUUACUCUAAUAAAAUAAACUUAAU